UAAUAUUUCUAUAUGUCCUUCAUGGCAGUUUGUUUGUUUUUUUUUCUGUCAUUUAUCUGUCGAAAAAGUUUCUAAUUACAAAUAUAACUGGCAUAUGAUAAAUCACAUAGAAGCUGUAUUAAUUUAAUUUGUCAUUUAUUUAGAAGAUAUAUAAGCAACGAAUUAUUAUAAUUUAAAGAAUGGUUUUUGCUCCUGAAUUACGUACUCACGCACAAAAAGUAUGCACUCUAUAUAAAAAGGCAAUGAGACAAGUAGAAUCUUACUAUUGCGCAAGAAAUGUUGUUCGUUACCAACAAGUUAUUCUCCGAAGUCGUUUUGAUGCCAAUAAGAAUGUGACCGACGCGAAAGAUCAACGCCUUCUCUACCGAGUUGGAAAACACGAACUAUUUAUGACCCAGCAUCCAGUGCCGAUCGCUAAAUUUCCGUAUUCAGUGGGCAUCGCUGGGGGCGUGGCUUACGCUCGCGUGGUUGAGCCACCGGAUUGGGUGUUAGAUUACUGGCAUCCAUUAGAAAAGGCUCAAUAUCCGGAUUAUUUCAAGCGACGCGAAAUUAGGAAAAGUGAAUACAUAGACAAAUGGGAGCGUGGUGUUGUAAUGUAAUGUUCUGUUUUUGUUUUAUUAAUUAGAGACUUCGCACUAGACAGACAGACCAAGGGAUCAAUUCUACUAGAAAUUAUCACUUUAUCGCAAUCGGAUCGAAACGUAAUCGUUGCUAUUUAAUUCCUAUUCAAACAUACGUCGAAGUCGGAAUAGAAUAGAAUAGCAUUUAUUGUACACCAAAGAAGUUACAGAAACAUACAGUUUUAAACACAAACGAAUCGGGAGCGUAUCGUAGCCGUUACAAUUUAGUACAAUUAGCCCCCAAACCGCCAUAACUGGUCGUUGCAGGUCAAUGCGCGACAUUCGUAUGCUUUAUUUAGGUAUCCUAAUUGCUAAGGACACAGGCCGGAAACGUAGCCGUCUUGUACGCGAAGUCCAAUAAUCAUUUACUUUGUUGGUUCGUUUGAAUAUAGCAGUCGAAAUAUUAUAAUGUCUAAUUUAUUAAGGCAUUUG